CACGAUGUGUAUUUAAUCACAGUAAGAGCGCUCGCGUUAGUCACUUGUUGGACGGAUGGGAGCACAACGAUAACAGUAUUAAGAGCGAGGGGUAGCUACAGCUCCCGUAAACAUGAUGGUGUACACCCAGGCACUGGUUUUCGGGAACGGCAUGACUGUUGUCUCCGAAGAGGACAAAAUAGUGGAGUUUAUGAGGAAGUUCGUCCACCAAAUUACAUCCAGUAAUAAGAAAAGUAUAUCCGACCGGAGUUUAGAAAACAGCUGUGAAUUCACAGAAGCGAUCAAGUCCUCAAGUGAGGAGUGGCUGGACUCGGGUUCGAGCAUGGAGGACUGCGUGGAGGAAGCUCUCCAGCUGGAGCUGGCCAAGCAGAUCGAGCUGUGCCUGUCGAACGCCAAGGCGACCCGCCUGCACUGCCGGGAGCUCCUGCUGCCGCGGCGGCUCACGGCCCGCGUCGCACGCGACGUCAUGGUAACCGCGGCCGACGAGCCGUGCGGCCUGCGGGGGGCGCUCCUCCAGGUGCUCCUGGAGACCAAGGGGGCCCUGCACCCGCUGGGCAGCAUCGCGCCCGACCGCGGCGUCACGCCCACCUUCGAGCUGACCGUGGUGUUCAAGGCCGACCCCGACAGCUGGGCCGCCCUGAAGAGCCUGUUCGCGGGCGACACCGUCCUGAGGCUGCGACCGGGCUACAGGCUGGUCAAGAGGAAACUGUACUCGUCCGCUAGCCCUGUCGUGCACGACUUUGACUGAGAGAACGACGACGCCGGCUACGACUGGCGCGGAAACGCUGCACUUUGAGAGAACGUUGGGGGAAAUCAGAUGAUGCGCCGCUGCUUUCCUCUUGACCGUUUUGUAUUAGGGGGUGCUUUGCUGGAGAGGGGAUCAGGAAGGAGGAGGGGAUGACACAAACUGCGCAUAGCGCGAGAACACGUGCGCCGUGUCAGUGCUGCUUACAUGUGGGAGACUAAGGCGGGCAAAGUGUAAUCUGUCUGUGCCGUUGUGAAUGGUAAUGGAAUUAUUUAUUAUCAGAUAAGGGAGGGAGGGAGGGAGGGGGGUGAUUGUCAGGUUAGUGCUAUCAUACAGUCCUGUGUUUUAAAAUUUUUUUUAUAAUGGCAUGACCGCCAAGUGCAGUCACCUGAUGCAGGUAAACUCCGCCCUCUCCAUCAGCAGUGAUGACUAACUGUCCCUCGUACUGUAUGUUCAGCGGCGGGCGAUUGUGCAAUUGCUGACUGUGACCUUCACGGCUGCUUUGGAGAGCACCACUGGUCACAAGCUGUCGUUUGUGUGUGUGUGUGUGUGUGUGUGUGUGUGUGUAGGUCAGGAAUGCAUUUUCUCACAUAUGAAACCCACAGUUCAGCACACUGUGGUAACUGCACUAACACACAUCCCAGACUGGCAGAGUUCAGUUUCUUCAUUUUGCUGACCUGCUGGCCUGUGAUCUAUAUUCCAGGGCUAGCCAACAUUUUGACAGAAGAGGGACUGAUUUCCAGUGCUUGUAUAGCACAGCAGGCUACAGUUUUCCUUUUAUAAAAUGUAAUUGUGUCCAAUGUCAUACUUUAAAAACUUUUUUUUUUGAAUUACCUCCAAUUCAUUAAAAGAGGAACUGCUAUAUUUCUUAAGAUAACUCCUAAAGUCAGGCAAAGAUUACCCCCUAUUGUGGCAUUCCAGGGUUCUAUCACAUGACACUGAAUUGAAUGUAUGCUAGUCAGGCACUGAUUUUGUAAGGUAAAGAGCGUACAAAGUAACAGUGUUAAUUUACUUCUAGAAAGUAGAACGGGGACAAUCAAUAUUUCAUGGUAAGCACAACAGGGACCUUACCUUUUGACUGAAUUUGUGGGGUCUCACUGGUACUUUAUCCCAAUGAUGAUAUGAAAUAAGGUUUACACUAAAAUGCGCUAGAAAAAUGUUUCAAAAAUGGGAAUGUUUGAGGGAAGUGAUGAAUUGUGCCAGGUUGUGUUUGCCUAUCAGGGGCAGCAAAUUGUCCCUGGGGCACGCUAACUUCUGCACUGCGAUGAAAAGGAACAUAAAUGUAUAGAGUGUAUGUGUGAUGUCGUUACUUGUGUUUUGCCAUGAAAACCUCAGCUGAGAGACUGAAAGGUUGGCAAGCUGGUCUUACCUCUGAACAGGCUUUCAUGAAGUUUUUGUAUUGUCACACAUCUCAGUAUUCAGCUCUGUUUUUGAGUGAAAAAUAAAUGAUUUUUUUACACAUAUUGUC